GGUCACGUGUGAGCCUAUCAUGUGAUAAAUGCCUUCAAAAAUUUGUAGCAGGUUGUUUUUGUCUUGUGUUUGUGGCGAUGCGGUGAAAAGAGGACACUUCUUAUUCUACCUAUUACAUCUGCCUUCAUAAAACUGUGAGGUUUUGGAGGAGUAUGCAGCAGCACCCAGAGCUCUGUUAAUAACAGCUGAACUGUUUUUGCCUCUCUAAAGCCAUCUAUUCACAAUGACUCUUCAAAUGGGGGUCUUGUUUCUAGCUCUUCUGGGCCUGAGCGCAGCACUGAUCUGCCCCGAUGGAGGCAUGUGUGAAGAUAAAGACACCUGCUGCAAGAACACUCAGGGAGGUUAUGGCUGUUGUCCGCUGCCACAUGCAGAGUGUUGUUCAGAUCACCUCCACUGCUGCUACCAGGGGACAGUGUGCGAUCUGGUCCAUCAGAAAUGUAUUAAUAAAACAGUUUCACUUCCGUUGAUAAAGCGACUUCCCAGUAAGCAGAGAUCAUCUCCCUCUCAGCUCAUCAGCAGAAUAAAGGCGGUCAUGUGUCCGGACCAAGAGUCGGAGUGUCCUGAUGACACCACCUGCUGCCAGCUUUAUGAUUCUUCUUGGGGUUGCUGUCCGUUACCCAAGGCAGUUUGCUGUGAGGAUAAACGCCACUGUUGCCCUGGAGGAUCAAAAUGCGAUCUCGUCCAUUUAAAGUGCGUUUCUCCAUCACUUGGGUCCGUCCCGAUGCUGGAAAAACUACCAGCGGAAAGAUCAAAGGAUAGGCCAGUUUCUGUGGCUGGUGCAGUGAUUUGUCCUGAUGGGAAAAGCAGCUGCUCAGAUAGUUAUACUUGCUGCGUCCAGGCCAGCGGACAAUAUGGCUGCUGCCCUUACCAAGAGGCCACAUGUUGCAAUGAUCAUCUCCAUUGUUGUCCAAGCAACACGACAUGUGACUUAAAGCAUGGAGUCUGUAAAUCGGGAGGGAAUGAAGUGCCGCUGAUGAAGAGGAUUCCUGCUGUGUCCCGCGACGUGGAGUGUCCAGAUAAGAAAACGGUCUGUCCUGAUCAGACAACGUGUUGCCAGAUGACCAACGGAUCGUUCGGCUGCUGUCCUAUGCCUGACGCCGUCUGUUGUUCAGACCACAUCCACUGCUGCCCUUCAGGGACAAAAUGCGACCUGAUACACAGCACCUGUGUGUCCGUCCAGGAAAACGCUCCCCUGUCCAUUAAGAAGCUCCUGACCAUGAUGGACCAGGGGUCAGCGCAGAGCAAAGUCCUUGCUGUUCCCUGUAAUGCCUCUGUGGCCUGCGCUGACGGAAACACCUGCUGUAAAUCACCAACAGGAAAGUGGGCCUGUUGUCCUUUGCCUCAGGCUGUGUGCUGCAAGGACCACCUGCACUGCUGUCCCAGUGGAACCGUCUGUAACCUGGCAGCCUCCACUUGUGAUCAUCCCUCAGGCGUAGCGCUGAUGCCGCUGCUCCCCAAUACACCCGUCUUUCCUCUACUGACAGAAAACAGCAAGUGUGACAAAUCCACGUCGUGUCCCGGAAAAGCUACCUGCUGCAAGACGGCGAGUGGGGGAUGGGCCUGCUGUCCUCUGCCCAAGGCUGUUUGUUGUGACGAUCACGUCCACUGCUGUCCUCACGGCUCUGUUUGCAACUUGGAGGCUGAAACUUGCGACGACUCCUCCGGUGUCUUUCCGCCGCUUCCCCUGAUAACCAAAGUUCCCGCUCUGACCAGUCGAGUUCAGCAGGAGAAAAUCAUGUGUGACGGUCAGACUAGCUGCCCGAAAGACACGACCUGCUGCUUCAUGGAGAGGACCCACAAAUGGGGCUGUUGCCCUCUGCCGGAGGCGGUGUGUUGUAAAGAUGGAAUCCACUGCUGCCCCAGUGGACACACUUGUGACCCCCAUCGGUCCUUGUGCUCCAGCGGCCCUCAUCGGAUUCCCUGGUCCACCAAACUGGGCGCUCUGACCGAGCCAAGCGUGUUGACCGACGUUAAAUGCGACAACAAAAGCAGCUGUGCCACAGGAACGACCUGCUGCAAACUGCCGAGCGGCGAGUGGGGCUGCUGCCCGUUGCUGAAGGCGGUUUGCUGCCCUGACCACGAGCACUGCUGUCCUCAGGGCUACACAUGCAACAUGCAAACUAAAACAUGUGAGAAGAAAAGCUACAAUCUGGAGCUCACCGCUGCCCUUCUGAGUAAAGUGGAACAGUCUGCGCUGAGGCAGGCAGUGGAGGAAACAAAUGUACAAUGUGACAGCACAGGGGUGUUUGUCUGCCCGCCAAAAUCCACCUGCUGUAAGAUUUCAGCUACAGAGUGGAGCUGCUGUCCCUUUGUCAAGGCUGAAUGCUGCGCAGACAUGAAGCACUGCUGUCCUGUUGGGUACUCAUGUAACCUGAAAGCCAGAAAUUGCAUUCCACAGACCCAGCUGACCUGGGAUUCGUUUCUGGGGGUCAGACAUAAAGACUCGGUCCAUCGUGGACUCUAAUCUGGCAGAGUUGCAGAUGAUUUGCAGCCCUGAAUCCUUUCCAUCAAUCUGUUGCUUGCGUUAGUGUGGACAACGUGAGAGUCAUCUCAGUGUCCUUUUUGGUUUCUCUUAAUUGCAUUUUUUUUUUGUAGUUUUUUUUGUUGUUGUGGAAAUGUAGUGAUUGGGAAGAGGUUUUGCUUUUAUGGGCGUUCUGUUUAUUGAGCAAGUGUCUCUCCAUUUAAACUUACUAUCAUUUCAACACUGAAUGUGGAUCUAGUUCAUCUUCUGCAUCAUUUCUGUAAAUCACUCCAGAUAUAGAAGAAGCUUUUAUCUGCAACGAUGGGUGGGAAUGCAGAAAAUUCACAUUCAAUUUGUAUUAAACACAAAUAUUUAAUACAUUGCACAGAAGUAAAACAAUAAAGCAAACAUUUAAAUUUGUACAUAAAUUCAAAAGUCUAGAGUGAGAAUGACCUAUAUUCCAAAUAAAGAGAAGGUAGCCUCAAAAAAUGAGAUAAAAUGUCUGAAUUAUUUUUCUGAGAAGAAAUUUCUGUCUUUGGAUUUGAGUUGCAGAAAGUCUAAAGCAUCUGCUUAGUUUAAGAAGAUUUAUCUUAUGAAUCUUUUCUGAUGAGAGAGUUCUGUUUAAUAGAUGUUCACAAAACCAAGCCUGGUUAGAUCACUAACUGUAGGCCUGAAGGUUUCAGCACACAGCUUCUGUUCAGACUCUGUCCAUCCUGUUGGCUCUGCUGACUGUCUAGUUUUAACAUUAUUAAUAUUAGGUGUGUUUUUUUUUUGUUUUUUUUUUGGAAUUUUAAAAGUUUGACAACCCCCACAACAGCCAUUGAAUUGGUUAAUGGCUCCAAAAAGUUGCUUUAAAUGAGUUGAAGACUGUGGCAGAUAUAUCAGAUGGUUCCAUUUGUAAUUUCUGAUUUUGCACGAAUGAAUGAAUUAGCACAGAUUUGACUAAUUUUCCUUUACAUUUCUAAUUGUUCAGCUGUGAAGGGAUUUUUUAGUGACAUGAGAGAUUUAAAUUAAUGUAUUAGUUCUGUGUUUUUAAAUUUGUGUUUCAGGCACCCUGUAGAUGUUUGAAUUUUUCAGUUUUUUUAUUUAAAUUUGGUAAAAGGAAAAUAAAACAAUAAGGUGUGCCUUAUUUAAUAUUGAGUGUAUUUUUUGGUAUGUUAUGGAGUCUGUUAAUAAAAAUAUCUCCUUUC